CCCAGGCCGGGGAGGACCCUGAAACCAAGGUACAUGCCCUUGACUGGAAUCGAACCCAGGACCCUUCAGUCCACAGACCGACACUCUAUCCACUGAGCCCAACCGGCUAGGGCCAUCCUGUUUUAAGGAGAAACCCUGCCAGCCCCAAGGCCCGCCCCUUAGGGACCUCAGCUGGGAUGUAACAGCUGCCACCGGCAUGCCCUGUCCCAGCAGCGAGGAGAUAAGGGCCCCAACCCAUGGCACCUGCUGUUUUUCAGACUCCCCGCUGCCUCCCUGACCUUGGCCUGCUUCUCCUCAGGUCCCCACUCCGGAGCCCAGCCUCCACCGAGUCAUGCUGGGUACUUUUCCAUUGUGGACUGACCCUGCGUGGCUGCGGGUCAUUGAGGUCCCACAUCCUCCGAGGCCCCGCUCCAUCCUGGCAAACAAGGCUCAGCGGAUGGGGCCUGGCAUGGGGCAGCAGCCUCCCACUCUCAAGUCCUCAAGUGCAUUUUGGAAUCUGUAGAGAAGGAGUCCUUUCCAACCCGCACCCCAUCAAGCUCCCACCCAGAACUAACUUCUGGUUCAGGGACACCCCAAGGAACACUUACCACCCUGCCCAGCAGGGGGCUCCAGCGAUGCUGAACUGGAUCUUAGCAUCCCUGAGGUCCCAGCCCUAGCACAGGGCCUCCACACAGGAGGUGCUCUGCGAAUGGGGGAUGAAUGAAUGAAUGAGUCAGUGGCCGCUAUGUGCAUGGUAUAUCAGUGCCUCACCGUCUGGGCAUACAAGAGCAGAAGUCCAGGCUGAGGUCAUGCCUUGGGAAAAAUGGAUUAAACCAGAUGCUCUAAGGGACAGACUAACCCCAAACUGCUGGGGCUCCGGAUGGAACCGCUGGACACACCAUAAUGAGACCCACACCAAGGGCCGUAGACUCAGAUCUGCCACUCAAUCUUGACCUUCCAGUCAUGGACGCUUAGGACUGAUAGGAACCUAAGAGUGUGUCUGGUUCUAAUUGCCCAUUUUAGAGAUGGGGAGGCUGAGGGCCUUGCAGGGAGACAACCGAGCUGGCUCCAGGUCGGAAUUUGGCCAGGGGAUGCCCACACCUCAGCCUCUGUUCGCCGCCCGGGAGGAGGUGCUGGGGAGCAGGGAUGCCCCAAGCCCAGACAAUACUAAUUGAAUGAGUGGGGGAAGAAAAAGAGAAAACAACAGGAAGAGAAGAAAGAAACGAGAGAAGCUAUGAAGACAGAGGGAUGGGGUAUCAGCAGUGCGAAGCCCGGACCGGCUCUGUUGUUGCCCAGCUGUGUGGCCAUGGAGGGCCCCAGGCCCUCAAGUCUCAGCUGCCUCAUCUUUACUGAGCGGGUACGAGUGUCUCUGUGGUGCUGUCGGGAGGAUUCAGUGCGUGCGAAAAGCACUGAGCACGAUGCCUGGCAUCUAGUAGGUGCUCAGUAAAUAACAGCUACAAGAAUGAGUUAGGGAGAGAGAACACACUCCCAGCAGAGUGGUGGGGGCCUCCCAAACCUGCACACCUCAGGAUUUGCUCUCUCCGGUUACUUGGGGAAAUCAUGCCUCGAGCCAGCCCUAUCUGCUGCCCAAAUUAAACAGUAACCAGCCAAGGUCAGGGAAAGGGCCUUGUAGGAGCAGGUUUCCUUCCAAGAGGUGGCUCAGCCUGGACGGGUGGGCUCACUCGCUGCUGCCUAUAAAUGUGCCCUUCCCGCCUGGACCGGCCACUCGCUCCUGAGCACGCAAACAUGCUGGGCUUCACCGUCCUCGCCGCGCUCCUAGCCUACGCCUCCAGCUGCGGGGUCCCCACCUUCCAGCCCAACCUAGCAACCCGGGUGGUGGGAGGAGAGAAUGCCGUGCCCCACAGCUGGCCCUGGCAGAUCUCCCUCCAGUACCUGAAGGACAACACAUGGAGGCACACGUGCGGUGGCACCUUGAUUGCCAGCAACUUCGUCCUCACGGCUGCCCACUGCAUCAGCAAAUCCAAGACCUACCGUGUGGGCCUGGGGAAGAACAACCUGGCGGUGGACGACGAGCCCGGCUCCCUGUUCGUGGAUGUGGACACCAUCUUUGUCCACGAGAAGUGGAACUCCUUCCUGGUGCGCAAUGACAUCGCCCUCAUCAAGCUGGCGGAACCCGUGGAGCUGAGUGACACCAUCCAGGUUGCGUGCCUGCCAGCGGAGGGUGCCAUGCUGUCUCGGGACUAUCCCUGCUACGUCACCGGCUGGGGCCGCCUCUGGACCAAUGGCCCCAUCGCCGAGGAGCUGCAGCAGGGUCUGCAGCCCGUGGUGGAUCACGCCACCUGCACCCAGAGCGACUGGUGGGGCGCCAUGGUGAAGGACACGAUGGUGUGCGCCGGCGGUGACGGCGUCACCUCAGCCUGCAACGGCGACUCCGGCGGCCCACUGAACUGCCAGGCUGAGAGCGGCGCCUGGGAGGUGCGGGGCAUCGUGAGCUUCGGCUCCGGCCUGGGCUGCAACACCCACAAGAAGCCCGCCGUCUACACCCGCGUGUCCGCCUACAUCGACUGGAUCAACCAGAAAAUGCAGCAGUGAGUCAUCCUCCAGAGCCACAGCCGCAAAUCCUCACAAAUCCCCGCAACCACAAUAAACCUCGUUUGCCCUUGAGCCAGCGCCUGCACUCUUGAUUUGCGUCUCCGCCUCGCAGCAGUUCCCGGGCCCUGUAGGGGUGGCCCCUUUCCGCACUGGGAAUGCAAAGAGAGCCCCCCUGCCCCCCCCCAGCCAGGCUGGUCAGGCCUUGGAGUUUGGUCCUGGUCCUGGAGGUGCUAGUGGAGGGGACCCCAGGAAGCCACCUGGUGCCUGAGGGGAUAUGAGUUAGGGACACACCAGACACUUGCCCCCAACUUCUCACAGCUGUGGCCCUGAUCAAAUCGCCAUCUUCCUGAUCCUGUCCCCCACCCUCCAGAGGAGCCUGGUGGGUCAGCUGUAGGUGGAGGAUGGGGUCUCAGCGGCUGGCAUGGGGAGGGUGCAGACAGAGGAGGAGGGCACAGCCCAGCCCUCAGGGGUACAGGUUUGAAGAAAGCAAUGGUUGCCACACAUGGUCACAGCAGUCAGCGCUGGAAAACUUGCACUGUAUUAGACAGGCCGGGAAACUGAGGCCCGAGAGAAGAAGGAGCUGGGCCAGGUCACAGGAACAGAGAGCCAGUAAUGCACCUGCCACAGGGGCCCCGGGAAGGGAGGGCCCUCUUGAGGCCCAUUGGGGGGCAAGUGUGGCCAAGAAAGAGAGGGACCCAGUGUCCAGUGAGGGAAAGACCAAGUGGGGACCCUGACCCCUGACCACAGCACUUCUGAGAAUGUGCUGAUCCAGAAAGGGAGGUGCCCGCCCCCCACCUCUGAACUCCCAGCUCCUACUGGGCGAGCCCUCGCUGUACCGCCUGUGGCUGGUCCGUGAGAUGUCCCGCUUUCCCACGGAUUUUGGCGCCAGGAGGUGGGACGUGGCGGACCUCUCCUGCCUCACUAUGCCAGGCCAUUCUCAGGAAAGACGGCUCACUCAACAAGAAAGACAUCACCAAGCAGCUGGUGCUGCCAGAGCCCGAGGCACAGGGCAGGAGGGGUGACCGACAGUCCCGGUGCAGGGUCCUUUCCUAGGACGUGAGGCUUUCCGCGCUAAAACCAGGGCCGUCCCAGGCACACUGGGGUGGUUGGUCGCCCUAGCAGGGGCAGGGGAUGUGACGGGAGCAUGAGCAAAGAGAGAGCCAUGGAGGGGGUGUUGGGACUGUAUUUGCAGAGUAAUAGGGAGCCAUAGAGAGUUUUAGAUAGAGAGAUGACCGCUGUGGUCCAAUGCACACACUGGAGUCUUCAUCUGACAGCUGGAUGGAGAGUGACUUGGAGACAGGAAGGCCAGCUGCAAUUAGGCUAACAUCACUGUGGCCCUGACCAAGGUGAUGAUAGAAAGGAGAGAGGGGGCUCAGGAAUUCAGCAAUAACUCCUGACUUAUUUAAGAGGCACCUGUGCAGUGUUAAACAACAGCCCCCAGUCCCAAAUCUAUAUAACUUUUGGGAAUGGUUGGAUUAGGGCACCUACUCGUAUUAGCUAAUAACUGUUGAAACAUAAGCCACGGUUCUGUUUGCUCAAUGAGAACACAAAUCUGAGAUUCAGGGACAGAACCCACUGUUGUGGCCAAGAGUCAGCGUCUAUGUGAGUGGACAGACCAACAGCCUCCAGAGAUGUCCACAUCCCAGUCCCAGAACCAGUGAGGGUUACCUGAGAUGGCGAAAGGGAUUCGCAGGUGUGACUGAUUUAAGGAUCAUGGGACGGGGAGUGGCCUCAACUACCCAGGUGGGCCCGAUGCAAUCACAAGGGCCCUUAUAAGAGGGAGGCAGGCGGGUUAGAGUCAGGAGAGCUAAGAACGGAAGCAGGGGUUCAGGUCCGGGUCCGGGAGAUGCGAAGAUGUUUCCCUAAUGGCUUCGUGGACGUGGGAGGGGUCACAAGCCGAGCAAGGCAGGCGGCCUGUAGCUAGAAGCUGGGAAAGGCAGGGACAGGGGUUCCCCGCUAGGCCUCCGGAAGGACCCAGCCUGGUGUCGCCCAGUGACACUGGUUGUGGCCCUCUGGCCUCCAGAACUGUGAGAGGACACAGGUCUGCGUUUUGAGCCACUGCAGUCACGGUAAGUUGUUGAAGCAGCAACGGGAAAUAAAUACACCGUCUCUCCUGUCUUCUGACGAAAUCUAGAGUCCGCGGUGGGGGUCAGGCGGGGAGGAAGGGCAGGUCAGGAAGGACUCCCUGGGAUCUGGCUGCGGUGACGGCAAGGAUUUGUGCACUUUGCCCAAGAAGUCACAAACCGGUGGUUGGAAAGGCGGGGAAGGGGCACUGAGGCACUGACCCUGCCAGCAGCCCCCUAGAAUGCCAUCGUGUGUAUGGCUGAUGCAGUCGCCGUGGCUGGCGCGUAGUCAGCCCCAGGGAAUCUGUGUGCCAGGCACCAUCCCAUACACUGUCUCAUCUAAUAAUCAUGGCAGCCCUGAUUAUUAUCCCCUUUACAGAGGAGGAAACUGAGGCUCAGAGAGGUUUAGAAACUUGCCCAAGAUCACACCGCUAGUGAUGGGCGCCAGGUCUUGAACCCAGGUAGUCUGACUCCAGAGCCUGUGUGGCGAGCAACCAUAUUACUCUGCCAUUAAUCCCCAAAUCUUAAGGCGCCCCUUACCCUGAAGCCCUCCCCUGGCCCUGUCGGAGGGGAGGGGGGGUAGGCUGUGGGUGUGCUGACAAGCCUGAGCAAAGCUGGCAACGAGCCCAGACAGACAGAAACCUGAGAGGAGAAUCAUUGCUCACAGAUGUUCACAAAGGGCUCGCACCCACUGAACCGGCUACUGCGGGCACAAUGAAUAAUGCUGGGGAACAACCCACCUCAAACCCUCUGUGGCAUCCCAUGGCAGGAGUUACUGCUCACACCUGUGGGGGCAGCUGGGGACCCGCUACAUGGCCCUGCUGAUUGUGGCUGGAAUCCCUCCUAUGUCUAAAGGGCCUGGGGGUUGGCUGGACAAGUCUGGGCACUCACGGGGUUGGAGCGCUGAACUCUGCCACUGACAGGCAGCGACAGUGACUGAGUCACUUAACCUCUCAGAACCUCAGUUUCCGCAUCUGUACAAUGGGCACCUGCCUCCCUCUCCGUUUCCCAAUGAAGUCACAGCAGCUUGUGAUUGGAGUAAUUACGUCUACUGGCCCCACACCUGGACUCCUAUUAGCAAAUCUUCCCUCUCCCUUUGUUCCUAGGAGAGAGAGCCUCAUUCCCAGCAGGCCUUGGGGGCCAGUUCCCCCAUGCUCCCUCUUCUGAGGUUGGGGCAUGUGUCUGCAAAACUUCUCGUGGUGGUGGGCCGGGGGAGCGGGGCAUGUAAAGACAGAGAAUAAACAGGGAGCAUCUACCCGAAGCAUCGAUGUUCUGUGAAGAUUGGGUGGGAAGAAAGAGAGUUGACAUUGAGCCAGCGAUGCUAGGAAGUAAGCUACAAAAUUCAGACAAGGUUUUCCAGAUGAAGACUGAGAAUUCGGAGACAUCUUGCUGCUGUGGAGACUGCUUCGUGCUAGACCUCAGAUCCGGAGCCCGCGAACCAAAUCUGUUUUGUAAAUAAAGUUUUAUUGGAACCCGGCUAUGUCCAGAUGGCUGCUUUUGCAAGGUUGACUAGUCGCAACGGAGACCAUAUGGCCCACAAGCUAAAAUAUUUACUCUCUGGGCCUUUACAGGAAAAGUCUGCCAAGCCCCGAUCUACUAGGAUUCUUUGAUGGAAACGUUUGAAGCGUUCUGUGCUAUUCGUAUCUGAGUCCCCCCAUCUCAGGAUUUAAGCGUGAGCAUUGUAUUGCACAUUUACUACUGUUUUAAGUGAAUACGCUGUUGUUUAAUUUUACCCACAAACCUAAGAGAUAGGUGGGGUGCUUGUUGUUCCUAUUUGAUAGGUAGAGAAAGUGAGGAAAUAGAUGCAACUUGCCCUAGCCCAGUUCUUCCCAACUCGCCACAGGCAGAAGAACCGCCUGGGUAGCUCGCUAACCUGCAGAUGCGGAGCUGGCAGCCUGGGGUGGAGAGCCUGCACUUCUCACCGGCUCCUCAGCUGUGCGAGUUCUGCAGGUCCACACCACUCUGAGCAGCAAGGACCCAAACCACAGAGUCAGCGCACGCAAGCACCGGUGUGAGCCCAGCCCCUAACCACUGAGCCGCAUGGCUUCCCAGAAGAAUGUUUUUGCACGAAUGAGUCAUAAACCCCAUGAGAAGUUCACAUCUACGUCUCCCUGCCCCCACUGAGACCUCCAGGACCGAGCCCAGUUCAGAACUUGACAAACUCCCUCGUUGUCCAACAACAGACAAAUGGGGAACCGAGCACGGAGGGGGAAGUGGGCUGCGUGGCUGUUUUCUCUCCCUCCCUGGCCCCCAUUCCCUCUCUAGAACCCUGGAUUUUUGUGUCUGUGCCCCCCUUUCCCCACUCCUCCUACACGUGGUCUGGGUGGAGCCUCAUGUCUAGAUUUGGGGGUGGGACAUAUGAGGCCUGGCCAAUCAUUGUGUCACAUCCCCACCACCACCACAACAGUUGGCUCAGGGAUGGGCAUGUGACUAAGGCAGGUCCAAUCAGAGAGAGUUGUGGGACUUCUGAACCCUAGAAGAAGGCUCUCAGUCCCUGCUGCAGGAUGAGGAGGUGUGAGGGUACAACAGCAAGAGGGAGAGAAAGGGAAGAAGGGGUGAUGUUGCUUCCCUGGGGAACAAUUUGGCACUGUAUGGAGACAUUUCUGGUUGUCAUGAGUUGGGGCUGGAGAGGAGGGUGGGAGCCAGGGAUGCUGCCAAGCCUCCUACAAUGCAGAGGAGAGCCCUCAUAACAACGGAUCAUCACCCCAAAUGGCAGUAGGGCUGCAGUUGGGAAACCCUGAGUCAAAGAUCCUAUAGCCAUCCUGUCCCCAUGGAUGGGAGAACCUGCUGCUCCAGGCCACUCCGUGGAGCCGAGAAGGGACCCUCAGAGCGGCGGAGCCCUGGGGACACCCUCAGAGCCCUGGGGACACCCUCAGAGCCCUGGACCCGGCUGGGCCUCAAGCCAGCCCUGCUCCGUGCUUUUCCAGUUUGUGGCCCCAUCAAUGGCCCGAUGGCUUACGCCUGUUUGAUGAAGUUUUCUGUCACUUUCAACUCCUCCAAGCAGCAUGGUGGGCACACGUUCUUCUCUCUGCUUUAUAGAUGGGCAGUCCCAGCCCAGAGAGCCUGUCUGACUGGCCCAAGGUCACACAGCAAGCUCAUGGCAUGUGCCAACUGGUAUUUGCUCAGUGGCCUCACACAGGACAAACUGUGUUUUUAUAUUAAAACAAACACAGCUUCACAAAGCCGAGUGCCAAAUUCACACUAACUUUCAAGAUAGAAGAGGAGACUUCAGAAAUAGUUUGCUGUUGCAGAGACUGCUGCAGACUACAAACGAGAGUCCAAACACUCGCGGGGCGUCGGGGGAUCUCUCUGGUGCGCCCCCUCUGUAGGCAUGUCCCCGUGCUUUUCAAAUCCUCUCCACAAUGUUGCACAACAGAGGCACAUCUUUCUCUGCCUGGGUCACAGAUGGGCCGGCCCCAGGCCCGGAGGUGUACGUGACUCAUCUGAGGCCACACAGCAAGCCACGGCCUAGAAGAGCGUUCCUCAACCUUGGCACCAUCGACAUUGGCAAGGAGAUCAUGCCUGUGUGUGGUAGGAUGUUUAGCAGCUUCUAGCCCAGUGAUGGCGAACCUUUUGAGCUCGGCGUGUCAGCCUUUUGAAAAACCCUAACUUAACUCUGGUGCCGUGUCACAUAUAGAGAU